GCUGCUGCACCACCACCUCAUGCUAUCCGCAAUUUUUUUUUUUUUACCCUUUUUAUAAAAAUCCGUUUAGUUUCGAUUUAAUCUCCUAAUCCGGACUAAUUAAUCCGCGUAACGCGAGUUUUUACAGUCGAGUCUCUCCUCACAGCUGUUCAAAGAUGGGCUGCGCUGGAUUCACCUGCUCCAAACACUCCCUGUGCGCACUCAACAUCCUCUACAUUAUGGUGAGUCUGCUGAUGAUCGGCAUCGCAGCGUGGGGGAAGUGGUUCGGUCUGGUCUCCAGUUUCCAGGUGGUAGGAGGCGUGAUCGGCGUGGGGGUCUUCCUCUUCUUUGUGGCUCUGGCCGGUCUCAUCGGGGCCAUGAAGCACCACCAGGUCCUGCUCUUCUUCUACAUGAUCGUCCUCUUCAUGGUGUUUAUCGUACAGUUUGCUGUUUCCAGCGCCUGUUUGACCAUUAACAAAGAACAACAGGACCACCUGCUGGAGGUCGGCUGGAACAACUCUGAGAGCACGCGGAGGGACGUGGAGAAGAGCAUCAACUGCUGCGGCUUCAGACGCGUCGACCCCAACGGCACGUGUGACGCUGCCUGUUUCCCCAACCACUCCUGUUUGCCCUGUGCCGAUAAGAUCCGGGAACACGCUGGGAAAGUUUUGCACUUUGUCGGAGGGAUCGGACUUUUCUUCAGCUUCACUGAGAUUCUGGGAGUGUGGAUCACGUAUCGCUACAGGAACCAGAAAGAUCCAAGAGCCAAUCCUGGUGCCUUCCUGUGAGAGAGCACCAGUGGACGUUCAUGUGGUCAUAGAGGUUUUCUGACGUGUGGUUAAAUGAGGUUCUGACACCUUGUCCAUCAGCCAGAGGGGACACAAGGAAAAGCAGGUUUUAGCCAAAUACCUUAAGUCUAUUCAUCCAUCGUCUACCAUUUUAUCCUCCACAUGAGGGUCGCUGGUUCCAAUCCCAGCUGAGGUAGGGCAAAAGGUAGGGUAGGGUACACCCUGGACUGGUUACCAGUCCAUCACAGGGCAACAGCAUGG